AUGACACUCUUUAAAAGUUUUAGAUUUGUUUGGAUUAUAAGAGACUGUUAACAUAUUUAAAAAUUAGGGGAAUACUAUUAUAAGAUUUACAGAAUUAUAUUCAUAAAUUUCUCUGGAUAAAUUAAAAUUGAAAACAUUACUGCCUUUUGGUUCUUUGCUUAUUAACUACUAUUUUGUAUGCAAAGAUUAAGUAAUAAUUGCUAAUUAUGA